AUGGGCCCGUGUUUCAGAUGCUACAGGGCUUCACCCCCUCUUGUGUCAUGCUUCUGCGUCAAAGUACGCCGAGUUGGCCGCGAAAGGCAGCAGGAGAGCAGGCAGAGCAAGCUGCUGGAGGAGGAAAUCGAAGACUUUAGUGGGACGCCGUUUGUGACCUUUGUGGCCUGGAUAACGCAUCGAGGACUCGCGCGGGCGCCCAUGUGCUGUGUGUGCACUGGGAUGCUCCUUGUCAUUGCAAUCAUUGCUGGGGGCAUGGUCGCGAGACCUCCCAACGUGGAUGUGGACUGGGCCGCGUUCCUUAAAACGGAUGUGAACACGUCGACGAUGCGGGACGUCUUCCUGUUUGCACUUCAGCAUCGGCAAACUGAGCGGAGGCUUACGGAGGAGACUGAGCUGGUCGAAGACCAACAUUCGGCAGGUAACAGGCUUUACAAGCACAGCGACAUUUUCUUGGCGUACGACUUUCCCGAGGGUACCAAUGCCGGCCCGAAUGGAUGGCUGGACUCUGGGCAUCUGUAUUCUGUAAUGUCAUUGGAGAGGAGGCUACGUGGCAGCAGCUCUGUAACAGGGUUGACUUCAUCUCGCAGCUCAGCUGACGCGAUGGCCGUCUCAGAGUUCGUGGUAGUCAGCGCAGCAUCUGCCAACCGCAGCUACUGGUGGGCAAACGGAACGUCGUGGCCUUCGUUGCUCAGCAGCAACCGGCAAACGCACGACUUGGGCACGUACAGCCCUGUGCCCGUGCUCAGUCGCGGGGCUAUUGUUUCCUUGGCUCUGGCGAGUGUUGUCUUCCUCGCCUUUGCUUUCCGUUUCGUCAGUGCUGGCAUGGACUUCAUGAAGGGGCAGGCGAAAGACGAGGGCUGCCCUCGAACGCAGGUCUUCCACAUCUUCUUCGCGGGCAGCUCCUCCCUGCUCGCAGGUGCACGGCUGGGUAUCCUGGGAGAUCACUUAGACCCAGCCUUGGGUCUGUCUUUGGGUCGUGCGGGCGCCUGCCUUCUGCUAGCCGUGGCCCUUGGCCGCGCAGCUGGCACCAGUGUGCGGGAGGUCGCGCCUGUCGCGGUGCUCUUGGCGGUGAGCUGGCUGCAGCUUGGGUUCUCCGCAGUCUCCAGCCAACAGGCCAUGCACCUGGGCCUCUUCUGUUCGGGUUCCCUUUGUGCACUCGUGGCUGUCCAAUCGCUCGCUGCAACCUUGGAGGGAAGCCGGCAUGCCGAGUAUGUGAAAGACCGGCUGUCCUUAGUGAUGUCCUUGGUCCAGACGCUCACUAUGGUCCAAUUGCUUGCUUGGCUCUUUACUCUGCAUUUUUCGACUUCGGAGUCCGCUGGGCAGAAGGCACACUCCUUCUCUGGCUUUACGCUCGACAGCUUCUUGGAUGGACUGGUGUUCUGUGGCGCGGGCCAUCUGCUCCUCAAGAAGCAAGCCAUCCUCCUCUCCCUUUGCCAACAAUUUGCUCCACUCGACGACAAGCCGCUCUGUGAACAGGGCAUCUCCUUGGUCAACUACGUCUUUCCAUCCCCGAUGGUUCUAGGACCCGACGUGGUGCCCAGCAUGCUGGUCUACGAUGCGGGUGGCAGAGAAAAGGUGGCUCCGCAGGUUGCUGUGGCCCUGAUGGAGGAGCACAACGUGAAGGACAUCAUCGUCGAUGCAGACUACGAAGAUGGACAGCCUCUCCGAAGAAUACGAAGCUGUUUCCGCUUCAAGUGGUAUUGCUGCACCUCCCUCAUGUCAUCUUCUGAACAAGGAGUUGUCUUAGAGGAGAUGCGCCAAACCUGGGACACCUUCUUGAACGAAGCCGUCAUGCCUGUCCUCAAGGAGUUUCGAGAAGCACAAGCUGAAAGAGCGGGAAGUGGGACGAAGCCCUUCGAGAUGUACUACACUGGCAGUACCCUCUACAGCAAAGAGGAUGCCGCGAAGACCGGCCACAUGCCGUUCGGCGCGGUGCUGGCUGAUGCCGAGGGCAAGAUCCUGGCAGAGGCUCACAACCAGUCGGUCGUGGCCGCCAAACGUGGUGGUAGCGGCGAUGUCACGCGCCACGCGGAGAUGGAGUUGGUGCGAAAGAUCUGUGCGCCAGAAAGCGGGCUUGGUCCAGAGAUACGGGCCAAGUGCACGCUGUACACAUCCACGGAGCCAUGCGUCAUGUGCGCCGGUGCUAUCUACUGGUCUCAGGUCGGCCGGGUUGUUUUCGGCGCCAGCAGUGAGGACUUGGUGCAGCUGUCUGGCCCUGGCGGCUUCGAUGUGCCCCUCGAGAAGCUGUAUGGCAUGGGCCGCGAGGGAACCCGCAAGAUCGAGAUCCAUGGCCCGGUACUCUCAGAGGUCUUCCCCGUCUUUGCAGUCCCCCCGCGGCUGUCUACCGUCAGUCUCAACCUGAAGAAAGGGAUGCUGACAUGCUUCCAAAGGUGCUUAGAAAGGUGCUUAGAGGACUUACUGACCGUGAAGCCGAAAUCCGCUCAGGAGGCGAUGAAGAUCCAUGCUGCCAGCGGCUGCUGGAACAUGAUCCUGUACCCCUGGGUGAAGCAUCAGACUUGCACCAUCGUACAACAAGAAUUGAAUCCAAAUGACUUCGAAGAUCCACCAAGCCCAGUCACCGAGACUUUGUUGGGGGAUCUGCUCUUAGCCGCUGGCUCGAUGGGUUUCGUGCUCUUCUACCUUAUGGUCCACACGCAAAGCGUGUUGCUGGGUGCUCUUGGGCUUCUCCUCAUCGUGAGUGCGAUUCCACUGUCCUACGUCUUGUUCUCAAUUGUGACCGGCUCGAACACAAUGAGCAUCGCAUCGCUGCUAUCAGUAUUCCUGAUCGUCGGCCUCGGCUCGGACGUCGUCUUUGUCUACACCGACUUCUGGGCCGACUCUUUUCACCGCAAGGAAAACUAUGGCAGCCGCAUGACCUGGACCUUGAUCCACGCUGGCAAGGCGUCGUUGGCCACUUCGGUCACGACGGCGCUGUCCUUCUUCGCGAAUUUGGCAUCAGUGCUGAAGCCUUUGCGCGAGUUUGGAUUCUUCAUGGGCCUCUGUGUCGUGGUGUGCUGGGCCGCGCUCCCGGAUUUUCACGUGGGGCCGUACCACAGACUGCUCCCAGACCUCGUGUCAAAGAUGUUAGGAGCAGACAACAUGAAGUUUGGUCGAAGCUUUUACACAUUGCCCGGAACUGUGGAGCCGAAGCGAGGAGCCAGGCUUCAAGCCGGCAUGAAGGGCUUGGGUUCGCUUCUCCUCUUGGCUUUUGCCGCCAAAAUCGACGCGUAUCCAUACACGCGUGGCUACACCAGAUGCUUGCAGAGGGCCAAGCGCAGCCUGGCUUUGUUUCCAAUUGUCGUCUCGCUCGGCCUGGCUGCGUGGGGCUCGAUGGUCUUUGAGGUGGAUUCGGGCGUGCCCAGCAUCUUCCCGCCAGAGCACAACCUGAACCGUGGGCAGCAGAUCUUCGCCACCUUCAAUGAUGCCAACCAGGUUUUCAAUCCAUUGUGGACCAUUGAUACGCCACAGGUUAGUGUUUGCAACGAUGCCAUGUUUGCGCCUAUCAGCACUACAUACACUCCAGCAAGCUGGGGCUACAACUGCAACCUCUUCUGGUGUGAAGCCGACCCCGAUGUGGAGCAAUCCGAGGAGGGAAGCUGCCAUUGCUGGAGAAGGCAGCUUCCCAACACGUGCAACACUCAAUCGGCGCCGGUGUCCUCGAAGAUCUAUGCAAAGAGGAAGCUUGCGGAAUCGGAGAUGGUAGGCGCCGUGGCCGACUACCUCGCAAGCACGGAGGGGAUGCAAAUGACGUCUGCCCAGCGGCAGAGCAUGCAAAGGCCGACAUCCAGUCGCCACGGGGCCAGGUUGGAAGUACAUAAACUUGGGAGCAUUCAGCCCGAAGUUCCGAACGGCAAGCGCAUUAAGAAGCCUUGUGCAGCCAUGCAGAGCCUUGCCGUUCUUUACAAACAAACUUGA